UGUUCUGGGCUCCGACUGUGGAGCGAGCUUUCCUGUCUCUCCAGAGGAGGAUGGCCAUGUGGUUCCUGUGUCUUUUGCUUCUCUGGAAAGUUGCAGGUGCCCAAGUGCUGAGCAAGGUGGGGGGCUCUGUGCUGCUGGCAGCAGAGCAGCCCCCUGGUUUCCAAGUCCGCGAGGCCAUCUGGCGAUCACUCUGGCCUUUGGAGGAGCUCUUGGCCACGUGUUUUCGGGGCUCCCUUGAGACACUGUACCACUCCCGCUUCCUGGGCCGAGCCCAGCUGCAUCACAACCUCAGCCUGGAGCUCGGUCCCCUACAGGCUGGGGACAGUGGCAACUUCUCCGUGCUCAUAGUGGACACCAGUGGCCGGACCUUGACCCGUACCCUGCAGCUCAAGGUGUAUGAUGCGGUUCCCAGGCCCACAGUUCAAGUCUUCAUCGCUGUGGAAGAUAAUGCUCAGCCUCCCAAUACCUGCCAGGUCUUCUUGUCCUGCUGGGCCCCCAACAUCAGUGACAUAACCUACAGCUGGCGACGGGAAGGAAUGAUGGACUUUGAUGUUGGAAGGCACGGCCUCUUCACAGACCAACAGGUACUGAGUCUUUCUCUGGGACUGAGGGACAAGGAUACGGCCUAUUCCUGCAUUGUCUCCAACCCCGUCAGCUGGGACUCAGCCACAGUCACCCCCUGGGAGAGCUGCCAUCGUGAAGCAGCUUCAGGGAAGUCCUCCUACAAAGAUAUGCUGCUGGUGGUGGUGCCUGUCUCACUGUUCCUGUUGCUGGUGGGUGUGUUCUCCGUGCGGUACAGUGGCCCCUGCUCAGGGAAAAAGAACGACCAUACUGAUGAAGUGGCUCCAGAGACAGAGAACCCCCUUGUGUAGGAAGUGCCCUGAGAGACAGGAUAAGCUGACACCUGGGGCUUGAAAAGCCUCCCUGUCCAAGCACAUGAUGCCCCAGGACACAGCCCCAUAAAGAUAACCACAGUCCUCCUAUCUUCAAGGAGACUCCCGUUCCACUUCCAACGACCAUGCGGAACAGCUGUCACACUAGAAGGACAAAAGGCACUGGCCUACACUUCCAUGAUUCUCCCCUUUGACACUCUGCUCUGCGCUGGCCCUGAUGGGCCUAACAAAACAUUCCCUCAAGAACACUGGAAGUUCUCCAGGAUCCACAGAGAUAUUGGUUGUCCAAGCAUCCACUCCCCCACCACUACCCAUGAAGUAUUGCCCAACUGCACCAAAAGAUUGCCUAUAGCCUGCCUCCUGGACUCCAAAAGACAUUGGACAUCAGCACUAGCAAGAAAACUGAAUCACACCCUGCAUCUCCAGCUCCAGAUGGUCAAGGUCUUGUCAUAAGAAAUGUCCACAGUAGGCGCAGGUGAGAGGGGAGGCAAAGGUUUCUCUUUCUGGCCUGAACAACAUUCAGGUCACCUGAGUUUGUAGUCCCUUAAAGCAAAUUGCAGCUAUAGAUGACCAAUGAUGAUCUACAUCCAUGGUCAGAAUGAGAGCCACCAAAGAGUAGGCAUCUUCAGAGCUGGGGAGAUAGCUCAAUAGAAUAAGAACUUGCCUGGCAAGUGUAAGGGCCUGAGUACAAUCCCCGGUUCUGCCAAAAAAUAAAAAACAGACCAAAGAGUAGGCAUCUUCACCAUUUCCAUUCACCUUCACAUAUCCUAAAGGAUCUUGGGAGGUUCUGCCUUCAUUCACUAGCACAGUUGCUGGGAAAUGAGGGACUGAAUUAGCCAACAGGAAGUUCUUAUGCAACUUGGAGCAAAGCAGCUGAGCUCAGGAGAAUUCUUUAUCCUUGAUACUUAAAGAGGGAAGAACCAGGAAAAGGAGGAGAGUUGUGGAGGGGAAGGAUGCGGAAGCAUUUUAGAAGCUUCCACAUUGACUUUCAGAAGCAAUUAAAGAAGCCCUCCCCCCACCUCCAAAUGCAACAGGAAAAACAAAGAAUCUGGUGCUCAAGGGAAGAUGGUCAGUAUCACUUUGACACACGGGAUGGAAAAUGUUAUUGUGGCCACAUCUGGAGCAUACACUGUGCCACUGAGGAACUCCAUCUGGAAAAGCUCUGGACUUUUUAUUGCCACUGGAAAAAACUUGAUGAGCUAAAUUCACAUUCAGGGAUUAGUAGUUAAAAAGCUUAUAUGGUUAUUCCCACUAAAGUGAAACUGGAUAUUAUUCUGGGGACUCAUUCAAGUCUUGAUAAUAGAAAGGGAGGAAGCAUUGCAGAAAUAGGAUAAGUUUGGGGUAUUUGUCCACGGUGGCUUUAGUCUCUCGCCUUGGUAUGUCAGUAUUGUCUUAGGAACUCCUCCCUCCUCCCAGGGUCCCAGGAAGAUGUCACUUUGGGUGAAGAACCAGCACAACUGGCUCCCAGGAUCACAUCACCACCCCUCCAUUUGACUGUUCCUGGCUUUUCCCUUCCUGGCUUGGUCAGAGGUCCCCUGUUGGUCACGUGCUUAGCCUGCAGCCCUUUCCUCCACCCACUUCUCCCCUGUCUCCUUCUCUCAAGCCUACCUGUUGCCAACUCAGGCCCACGUGCAGCCUGCAAUAGGUGCUGCCCUCCCCUGUCACCUAGAGGCAUUCCUCAUGGCUGGCCAAUGACUCAUACAAACCCAGCAGCUCCCUGAAAGUAAUGUGAGAAAGAAAGCUCUAGCAGUGAAUCAUGAUAACUUCUUUAGAAAUAUACCACUCUCCACCUUUCUUUCCUUGAUCCUGGGGCUUUACCUCAAAUCAGAAAGGUUCUAAAUGGAAUAGGACCCAUAGUUCUCCCUGCACAAGGGGACUCUUGAUGGCCUUGUAUGGA